AUGGUGUGGAAGACUGUCCCAAAGCCAGAAGGUGUGAUGGCGGCAGAGACGAUGCAGGUCACAGCGACGACUACGGCAAUCAGCUUCAUGUUUCCACUUGUGGUGUGUCUGCGGAAGAUGUCUCAACGUCUACUCGCAAGGAAUUUAUACCAACAGCUGAGAGAUAAACCAUUUUGGUAUUGGCAUCCAAGGGCAAAAGUUCU